UCGAUAAAAAUAAACAGCCGAUGACACUCGCGAUGGACGGCUUUGACAGCGGAGAGAAAGCAGAAAACUUUCAGAACGAAUUCCCCAUAAUUGCUCCUCCGUUUGGCGGUCUGCUUAUUGCUGUAGAACGCUGUCCACUUUGUGAACGAACGAAGAAGCCCUUUACAUGUCAGAAGUGCGUGGAAAAGGGGGAUUUUGUGCACUCCAACAGCUGUGGAUUCGGCAAGAAUUCAGAAAGGUUCUCGGACAAGUUACACCGCCUGCAUCAUUUAAGAAAAGAGAGAUUAGACAUCUUUGAGAAAGUUUCCAAGAAGUUAGACAGAGCAGUCUCCAUUGCAGCCAAGAAAUGGGAGAUCUCAAUGUUAAAGGAUCGAUUAGAGUUGAUGCAGAAAGCUUUGGAAGAAAGCAAAGAAAGAUGCUUAGCUGAUAAAGCUUCCAAGACAUCACAAAGUGCAAAGAUCAAAGACAAGGUGACCACAGCAAGAAACCAUAUGAUCAAGCUAGAACGCACCACCAAGUGCAUAGAUCAUGGCAAAACUGUAUUAGGCAGUCGGCAAGCUGAGCUUGCUGGUUGUGAAAAGAGGUUGUCUGAAUUGAGGAGAAGCAAUGUGAAUCAGCUGACCACCUACAUCUUCACAAUCAAUGAGAUCCACACUGGGGACAGUAGACCAGCAGAUGCAGAGGAAGAGAGUGACCGGCUUGUGGCUGAUUUGGCCGAGGCCAGACAGCUGUCCUACGUCCAGGGGCGAUGGAUUGAGACUGAGAAUAGUCAUGAGGUGCAGUACAGCCUGGUGCACCCCAGCGCGGUAUGUGUACCGGCUAACGGGGACUACACGGCAUACAGUGCUUGGGUUGCGGCCAAAGAGAAUGCCAACCAGGGUACUGACACCCAACUGGACCUCAGUAAUCCUGGUAAAGUCCUGAGUGGUGCCUUGUGCCACACGGCUCAGCUGGUGUCACUCCUCACAUACUACCUCGGCAUUGUGCUUCCCAAAAAGUGCCCCUUCAGUGUGUUUUGUGGUGAGCAGCUCAGUUCUCAUGAUUUCUACAAGGCUGUUGACAAACUCAACACAAACGUCCUCUAUCUCUGCUUCAGUCAGAAUGUAGACAUUGAGUGCCUGCAUCCCCAUUACACUGUGCGCAAUCUGCUGGCUUUACUGAGUCCAAGUAACGUUCAGCUUGGCAGGAAUGGUCCCAUAGACAUGACAGAUGUACAUGCAGACUUACUACUGUCCGUGCCUAGAACCUCCCACAUCAGUCUUACCAGUGAGUCGGAGAGCGCCAGCGAAUCGUUGUCUCAUCUCAUGGACGAGGACAGCGACACCUCAGGUGAUCUGGAGUGGGAAAACGUCCUGGAUUCACAGGUCCCUACUCUCACCGGUAACCCAAGCACGGCAACCAGUCCGCUGCCCGAGUCCGUGGCCUCGUUUCAGCAGGACGGGUCGGAGGACGACGGGGCUCAGUUAGGGGAGACUGUUACGGAGGGUUCUCCCGCGGGAGCAGCCGGUGGACUGAUGUCCUCAGCUGCGGCGUCUGUGGUUUCAUUCUGGAGAGCGGCAACAAGCCAAAGGUGACAUGACCAUGGUUUCACUUGGUCCCACUUCCCUAACCCUAUCCAAGAUCUGUGGGGAACUCUAAUUUCUUUGGAUAGAUUUUGUACCUUUUUAGCCAUCACGGAGGAAUUUUUUUUUCCUCAUGACCCGUAUCAACACUUCCAUGUGCACGACACGUGUGCACGGAAUGUAUGUGCAUUGUUUAUAGCCAACAAUGCUCUGCAGACUGCGUUUCCUUCAUAAGAUACUUUGAAAUGGAUUUGAUAUGGAUUUUGUGAAGCAGUCACCAGCACCCUUUGAUAGGGCCAUAGGUACGAGCGAAGGCCCUGGUUAGAAGCAGAGUACCGACUCUGUGCCCCUUCAACAACAACACGCAUCUGGUGCCGAUGUGAUAACAUUUUGGUUUGUGUAUGUUUAGAUGAAACUCAGUUGUGCGUACUGCAUGCGAUACGCAUUUGAAACAGUGUGUGUGGAUUGUGAUUGGUCACUCCACGCGAUCCUGCGCUUAUAGUCCAAAAGUCACUGUAGUUUCUGAUGUAACAGUUUGAAGACAAUAUGAAAUAUUGCUAAGAAUACCAUCGCAGAUGUAGUCAGAGUCUGUGUGAUGUAGGUUGAAUGUGUAUAUGUUUACAUUGCAAUGCUCAAGUUAUUGAGGAUGUGAAUUUUUUGCCCAAACAUCUGUAAUUCAUUAAGUCCGAGUAGUUUUGGGUUGCCCAUCCCAAGAAAUAGCUAGUGGUAAAGGAUAGGAACAAAUUUAGGUUCAUCAAAUGUAAUGAAGUGGAUUGCCGUGGCCUUAUGGUCUGGGGCAUUGAAUUCGUGGUCUGCGGGUAAUUCUGCAGGUUGUGGGUUCGAGUCCAGCCCGGGGGUAUGGUGCGUGUGCUCUUGGGCAAGGCGCUUUGUCACUCAUUGCUUCUCUCCACCCAGGAGUAGAUGGGUACCUGUGAGGGCAGAGAUGGUUAUUGUGGUUGAAUUAGCUUCUUUGCGACUAAGAGGCUGCAUCGAGCUGUAUACUCCCCAGGGAACUGAGAUGGUAUUUGGAAUCUUUCAUUGGCCCAAUGAUCAGGGGUAAUAAUAAUGUAAAGCGCUAUAUAAAAAUUGGUUAUUAUUAUUAUUAUUUUAAUGAUUCUAAGAAUGUUGGUAGCUGCAAGAGUUACAUUUAUAUUUUAUUAGAAGGUUUUUUUUAAUAAGUGUAUAAAUUGCAAAUUUUUUUUGCAAGAUGUAAUGUAAUGUGCAAUAAAAAAUUCCAGCAAAAUGAAAAACUAAAAAUAUUUAGGCCAUAGACACAUCCUCCCGGAAAAAAAACACAUACGUGUAUGUGUUAGCAGCUACCAGUGUUUAAAAAUUAUGUUGAAGGGAACAAUGAUUUUUAAGUAACUUUAAUACUGUAAGUUUAUUUUAUUGUCCGAUUUUUUUGGGCAUGGAAACAGCUUGUAGAAUAAAGUGAAUAAUUAUGCAGUUUAAGUAUUUAAAAUUUCUGGAGUAUAUUUAUUGAAACAUGUUCUGUUUUUUUUUUUUGCGAUUAAACAGUAUUGUUUUGAAGUAUUUUGCAAAUUUUCAUAAAUACAUGCAGUAC